AUGAUUAUCGCAAUUUUGGAUAAUCUUCUGUUUCCGGAAAGUGAAUCAGCCGCAGCACAAGUAAUCUAUCCGACUCAGCAAUCAACUAUACAAUACGGAAUCGGCAAACAACAGUCUGCAAUACAAAACGGCUAUAGCAACCAGCAAUCUACUACACCAAUCGAAUCUGACAACCAGCCAUCAACCAUACAACAGGAAAACAUUAACCAAAUUUUUCCGUCGUCAAACAUAUCUGACAUUAUCGCAUGGUUACAAUUCACGAUCCAGCAAUCUACUACACCAAACGGAUUUGACUUCCAGCAAUAUAUCGAACAACAGCAAGAGAUUUCGCGAGUUACUCGCUUGUUGAACGAACUUACCGAAAAAAAAUUUAUUACAUGGUUACGAUGCAAGAACUACCUAUCUUCUACAGACAGCAGAUCCAAUAACGAGGAAACGACUCUAUAUCAGGAAAAACUUAAUCGGACCCUUUCCGAAUCUGAUAAAACUUACUUACAACAAGCUAUUGCACGAUGGCUAUCCGUUUACGAGCAAUCUACGACAGAAUUUAUACCCAAAAGCUGUAUUCCGUUAUUACCAGAGAAAGAAGACAUGAAAAAAGCUAUUUCUGAGCAUUAUAAAACUCUCCAAGAUCAAGCUAUUGCACGAUUGCUAUCCGAUGACCAUCAAUCUACUGCACAAAACGGAUCUUACGACCAGAAAGCUGAGCAAGAUGAGGUGAUUCGUUUGCACCAUUCAAUUGAACAGAUCUUGACAGACAAACUGCUAAAGCAGGAACAGUCACCACCUGUAAUUUACUAUCCUUGGGGGCGUCCUUGUGACUUCACCUUAACUUCCAUAACUUUCUAUGAGAAUAUCUAUAAAUUCCAUUUAUGUGCACUGCGUGGAUUUACGAGAUGUUGA